AUGCGGCAUUUAGGGCAUAGAAAUAGCGCGUCGAAUGUCCCUUUCCUAAUAUAUCUUGUUUUGUGCCAGGGGUCGGAAUCCCGAUUCGUCUCAUCCCGGGUCGGCCGGGGAACUGUCCCUAACUUCGGUAUAUUUUCCCUGCCGAAGGGGAGAUACGUCACGGCGGCGCUCGAAACUCUGCAGAUACUCGGUGGCCGGUUCGACGGGAGCAUUCGGAUUUCGUUUCAAGAUCAUUGUGAGCAUAGCCCGUUCGACGGUGACUCCGUCCCCCACGAUCCUGAUGAUAACCAGGACGAAGAAAAUGUCGAUGAAGACGAUGACGACGACAGAGCAGAGGACGAACCGGAGGACUCGGACUUUGAGGAAUGCGACGACGGCAAUGCCGAUGACUACCAUGCGGAGAACUAUUUCGACACAGGCGAAGGGGAUGACGAGGAUGGCUUCGCAUUUGGCGCAGGAGGCGGCGAGGAUGGCGGUGAAUAUUUCUGA